AAGAGAAAAUCACACAACACAACACAAAGCAAAAUCAAUAGCCCUCACAAGAAGACCCUAUCUUCCUCUUCCUCUCAGGGAAUGGGUGGAAGAUGGAGAACCCUCUCUUUGAUCUAUAACCGCAUAAACACUUCUUCUUCUUCCAAACCCCACUUUCCCUCCUUCUACCGCUCCCUCUCUCUCGCCGCCGCAACUUCUGAAAUACCCGACCCGGAUCCAAUCGGGUUCGGAGCCCCGGAACUCGACCCCUGCGUCAAAAUCCCCGUCAAAGCUUAUUUCCUCUCCACCAGUAUAAAUUUGAAGGGCAUUCAGGCUGAUAAUCACAGAAAUGUUGUUCCUCCAUCUUCCCGCUCGUCUUCAAACUAUGUUGCUCUCCGUUUCUGUGACUUCAAUUUGGACUCCAAUGGACAUGGGUUUCAUGUGAAAGCAAGCAACAGUCGUUACAUGGUUGUUUAUCAGUAUGGGUCAGCUGUUUUGUUUAAUAUCGAGGAUCAUGAAGUGGAAAGCUACCUGGAAUUAGUUAAGAAGCAUGCAUCUGGUUUACUUCAAGAUAUGAGGAAAGAUGAUUAUGCGAUAAAGGAGAAGCCACUGCAAGUUGAGGACAUGCAAGGAGGUCCAGACUACAUAGUUCUGAAAUCGUUGGAUACUGAUGGUAUCCGUAUAAUUGGAAGUGUAUUGGGACAAAGCAUAGCUCUGGAUUAUUUUGUCUCACAGGUUGAUGGUUUAGUUGAAGAGUUUGCUGGCAUAAAUCGCGGAAUGGAGAAAACUGGAACCUUCACUAUGGAUAAGAAGAAGCUACUUCAGCUAGUUGGGAAGGCUAACUCAAAUUUGGCCGAUGUGAUUCUUAAAGUUGGUCUCUUUGAGAGAUCAGAAAUUGCUUGGAGGGAUGCAAAGUAUGCUCAAAUAUAUGAGUAUCUUAGGGAGGAGUAUGAAGUUGCACAACGCUUUGGAAACCUGGAUUUCAAAUUGAAAUUCGUUGAGCACAAUAUUCAUUUUCUCCAAGAAGUUCUCCAGAACAGGAAAUCAGAUUUCUUGGAAUGGUGCAUUAUUGGUCUAUUGACUAUUGAAAAUGUUCUAUCCUUAUACGAGAUUCUUGGAGCUUCAAAUACAGUUUCUUAGUAGAUAGUAGUAAGAAGUUGAAGCUAUAGAUUAAUUUAUUGUAGUAACAAUUCUAGCAAUUUUUGAGCCGAUAAAAAAUUUGCCCUUUUGUAUUUAGUAUGGUAAAUAAUGUCCACAUAUCCCGGACCCAUUGAGCUGUAUGAAAUUUAUUUGAAAUUGUGAUAUAAUUCAAAAACAAAUGGAUUAGGUGCAUCUAGUUCCAUCAUUGUUGGAACUGAACUAUUGUUCAUAUUGUAAACUUUUAUCCUCCGAGGAUGGCAAAUAAAUCUGAAUUUGUUAUCAUAAAA